AUGGAGUCAUCAGACUACGAGAAUAUAUCCAUGAGCAUUUACAGCCAAAUGGAAGACGGCGCUUCACAGGAGAAUAAAUCACCGCUAAAGGAUCUCGGAAAUAUACUAGAUAAUUCUCAUGCUGAAGGAUCGAAGUAUGGGAAUACGAUAAAUGCAAAUGAUUAUAAAAGACUUGAACGUUUAUAUGGGGAUUCUGUCAUACGCAUCAAUGAUCUGAUUCGUCAUUUGGAACGAGCGGAAAGCGAACUAAUGGACAAGGAAAAGCAACUAGAUCUGCAUUUGCGCAAACUCCACGAGCUUUCCAUGGAGAACAAAACGAUUACCAACGAACUUAAACAGGAGCGAGAAAUACAUGAUAAAGAAUAUCAAAAUUGGACAGAAACACGAGAGAAGCUGGAGAAAAAAAUAGACCAUCUAAGUCAGACAUUGCAUAAUCUUCUACAAAAUAACAAGUCACUUGAGCAGAUACAGACAGAUAGCAUAUCUCUCCAUGUCGAUGACCUGUCACGUUGUAAACAUGAAGUGGAUAGGCUCACCAAAAAGAUCAUAAUCCUGGAAAAAGAAAACCAGUUAGAAGCGCAUUCGAAGGUUUUGAUUAUCGAGGAGCUUGAAAUGCUCAAAGUGAGGUUCCAUGAGCUUGAAGAAAGAUACGAAAAGCUUAAGGAUGAAUAUGCCGAAUUGUUGGCUGAAUUAAGCAUGGAUUCUACAUCCGAUAUCCGAUCGAACGAGGCCUCAGAUGUAAUCACAGAAGAUCUUAAAGUCACAUUAGCUGACGAACUUCAUGACUUGGGCAUGAAGCCACUCGUUGGCUCAAGGAAGAGUAGCCAACGGCAAACAAGUUUUAACAUCCUUCUCAAUAAUAUCGAACGAGACAGCAUAGAGAGGAAGCAUUCACAAGAGCUUACGAAAAUGAGCUUUCAGAUAAAAUCCCUGGAACUGCAAAAUGAAAAGCUACACUCAUACAUCGGUUUCUUGCUUCAGCACAUACCUCGAGAAGAAGUUGAUGGUGUUGCGAUUUACAAAGAUCAGUUGGACUAUGAGUACUCGGAUGAGAUCAAUAUUAUGAACGCGAAAAGGACUUUGAGGAAAGUGAUCAGAAGCGCUUCUGCCUUACCUAUUAGGCCACAGACCUAUAAUACAACCUCUCUUGAUUUUGACAAUUUUGAAGGGCCCUUUGGUCGUCGGAACUCGCUCUCUGAAAUGCUCGAACGCAAAAACAGGCUCUCAUACAACACAAACACGUCGCUGAGCGAUCAAGACAACAUUUUUGAUUCAUCACAUCAGGCAGAAGAUGUCGAAUAUGUGGAGCUUGGAGAUUCAGAUUUCACGAUAUCUGAGGAAGACUUUGAGGAAGAAGGUUUGGACAACAACGAAUCAUUAAACGUGUCUUUCACGGUGGACCUUACACCCUCGUUGAACAUCAAAAAAAGAAAAAAAUCCAAGCUCUUCAAACGGACUCCCAGAAAACAAAUUGAGAAAUUGACAAUCUUUGGAUCUCCAUCGUCAGGCGACUCUUCUUCGACUCUCCUUGGGCGCCAAUCAAUAAAAAGUUUGCGCAAUUACGCAUCUAGCUUAGAGUUGAUUGGUGAGGACGAGAAGGAGGAUGAACAUAAAGAAACUUACAAUAAUUUCUGGUACGACAAUGCGAGAUGCGAGGAUGAUGAAUUCGCCAAAAUUGAGGUGACCGCGGAAGAGCUGAACAUGUUUCGUAUUCAGUUCAGAAAGUUUAUAUGCCCAAAACACUUCAUCAUUCAAUGCUGUUGUGACGAAAACAGCCUGUCUAGACCGGAAGUGAUCCGCCGCUUGUUCUGUUCGCUGGGUUGGCCGACUACAAAACAGAAUUUGCCUGAAACUGAGGUAUUCGGGAUCGAUUAA